AUGUACCAUCUAUCGAUCAACUACAUACUGUUGGGCAUUCUCGCCGCGUUGUUCGUGAGAAUCGCUAGAGUGCUGCUUCACGGCUACAACAAUGUCCUCGCCUCCGUCCCGGGCCCAUGGCACUCUCGAUGGACCGGGCUUGCCGCCGAAUACCACUGGGUCAUGGGAGACAGGCCACGAUAUGUGCACUCUCUGCACCAGAAAUACGGCAUGCCCACCUUCCCAUGUCUCAGAUAUCUCUCCUUCCUCACAGACCAUUCUUACACUCCUACAGGCCCAAUCGUCCGAGUCGGUCCCGACGAAGUCGACAUCUGCGACGUGGAUACCGUCCACGACAUGCACAAGGCGGGUAGCGGAUUUCUGAAAUCCGCCUGGUACGAUACAUUGACUGCCAACGGAGCCAAGCACAUCUUCAGCGUUCGAGACCCAAAGGCUCACAGUGUGCGUCGACGUCUCCUCGCCUCGCCCCUGUCCGACGCAUCGCUCCAGUCCAUGCACCCGACCAUCGCCGCGAAGGUCGAACUGGCCGUGCGCCAGAUGCACCACGAGCUGCAGACCCGCGGGUUCAUGGAUGUCUUCAAGUGGUGGUAUUUCAUGUCGACGGAUCUUAUCGGGGAGUUGUCGUUUGGUCAUUCGUUCCAGUUGCUGGAACGGGGGGAAAAAACCCAAAUGGCGCAAGACCUCGAAUCCCUCCCCCGUCUCGGCAUGAUCGGCACCGCAUUCCCCUCCCUCCUUCGUCUCGCGCGCCUCCUCCCCCUCCCCUACUUCCGCGCCGCCAUGUCCGCAGCCCGCAGAAUCGGCCACUACGCCACCCAAUCCAUCCAUCGCUACCAAACCCUCACCACCGACCCAACCAACCCUCCCCCGGCCACCCUCUUCACCAAACUCUUCCACACCGACCCCGCCGCCCUCUCCGACAUCCGCAUCGCCAGCGAAGCCCAGGGCUACAUCGUCGGCGGCAGCGACAACACCGCCAUCACGCUGACGUAUCUCGUCUGGGCCGUGUGUCGGGACGAGGCCGUGCGGGCUGCGCUGCUGCGCGAGCUGGAUACGCUGCCGGAUGGGUUCGGGGACGAGGAGCUCAGAGAACUGCCUUUUUUGGAGUGUCUGGUGAAAGAGACGCUAAGGCUCUACGCGACGAACCCGUCGAGUCGGCCGCGCAAUCCCCCGGCCCCUGGGUCCCGGCUGUGCGGGUUCUGGAUCCCCGGUGCUGUGACGGUGUCGACGCAGGCGUUUAGUCUGCACCGGGAUAAGGGUGUUUUUCCGGAGCCGGAGAGGUUUAACCCCUGGCGCUGGACCGCUGCGACGAAGAGCAUGAACCGUGCGUUCAUCCCUUUCGGAGGAGGUUCGAGAAUCUGUCUCGGUCUGCACCUCGCCGUGCGAGAGAUCCGGCUGGGCGCAGCGCACUUUUUUCGGACGUUCCCCGGCGCGAAAGUGAGCAGUCGAGAAGGUAUGAGUGAUGCGGAUAUGGAGCAGGUGUGUUAUUUUAUUAUGUCGCCGGCGGGGAAACGGUGUUUGUUGGAGGCGGGCGAUGGAUGA